GAAAUGACAUUUGCAUAGAGAACUCAAUUCUUACAAAAUCAUUUUAUUGCAACGUACUUGUGAGACUGUUCGGGAAUAAAUUGUUUUAAAUAGCUUGUUAAUCACUUUAAAAUGACUCGGUUAAGGUUUUGUUUGUUUGCCGCAGUUUUAUGCAGCCUAACGGUACUAGGUCAAAGCGAUUUAACUUCGCCAAAAACGUCGACAAUAGAGGUGCCGUUGCCUUCGGAGUUGACAAGCUUACAGCCGGAAAUUAAAACGACUACAGAAGUCGCUACGGAUCCGACAGAUACGACGCCAGCACCAACCACAGCUCCGCCGUCGCCGAGUCCUAAGCCUAAGCCCACGCCGCCUCCAUCCCCAACACCUACUCCCACAACACCAGCUCCUACCCCAGCACCAGGCCCUCUUCCCCCUCCUCAACAGGGCAUAUGGUCGUACACUGACAAGAGCAACAUUACUUGUGUCCUGGUCCAGUUUGCAGCUCAAUUAAAUGUCACAUACACCAAGGUGGAAAAUGCAUCCACCUCUCUUGCCUAUGUUCUCCUCAACGUGCCACCAUCGGCGAUUGUCGUCGACGGAAGCUGCAACACCACAGAUCAAUGGCUGAACAUCAGCUGGCCGGUCAGCAAUGCCACGGACACAACAUUCAACAACAUGGUGCUGAUAUUCCACAACAAUGAAACAACAAAGACAUACUCUCUCCAGAACCUCAACGUAUCUCUCGCGGCGGAAGUGUUCCCUGACGCAUCGUCCAAGGAGCCCGUGGAGCUGUGGCACGGCGUGGAGUGGCGCACGCCACUCGCCACGUCGUACCGCUGCGCGCCGCCCACGCAGCUCAACAUGACGGCCGACAUCACCAGCGUCGUCGCCACGCUCACGCUCUCGCAGCUCCAGGAGGAGGCCUUCAGGAACUCCACCAACAAGGCCUUCAGCGCCGCGCGCGAGUGCGGCGGCGGCGACGUGCCGGACGCCGUGCCCAUCGCGGUGGGCUGCGCGCUGGGCGGGCUGGUGGUGGUGGUGCUGGUGGCCUACCUGGUGGGCCGGCGCCGCUCCGCCGCGCGCGGGUACCUCUCCAUGUAGGUGAGCAGAUGGAACAUGGAGAAUCGACGUACGUAGUAAAAUAGCAUAGAACUAACACCAUCAAUCGAUCUUCAUUUCAUCGCAUUAAAUAUUUACACAAUUAUAGACCUUAUUUCAAUAAACGCUAUGAUGUAUUAUGUAAAAAUAUAUGACUCGUCGCAGACCUUAAACUCUUUUCUAAAAUAUUAAAUUGCUCAAUAUUAAAACUGGCAACACUCGAUAUACAACAUGUUUAGUAAAAAAAAAAAAAACAAAAAACAAUCGUGUCUUAGUUCCAUCUAUUGUAUCGAACAUCGUACGAGUGAUAUAAUCUCAAUUUUUCAAAACAACAUAAUAAUUACAUAUUAUUUGUAAAUUUUGCUAAAAUUUCAUUUAUAUCUUAGUUAUAAAUUCAAUUAAUAAUAUUAUUGAAACCAGAUCGGAAUGAUCUAACGAUUCGCUGAUAGAACUCUCGAUAUGCGAAUUAAAAAUGUCUAUGUAUAAUGAUAACGAAAUAAUAUAUAAAGAUGUGAUGUUAUUUACUAGUUUUAAUGAAAGAAAUUUAAACAAUCUAUCAUUUUAAGCUUGUCGAGUUUUAUUUAAUCAAUUCCAAAGAUUUGAUUCGAAAAUAUUAUACUUCGGUAUAAUAAAUAAUUAUAACAAUUUUGUGAUUAAUGUUUGUCCAUAUGAAUAAGAAUUAAUGAACGCUAUCGACUCACUAUGUCUUCUAUACUUGAUAAUAAACAUUCUGGACGAUUUCAUGCGACUAUAUAAUUUAAAACGAUUAGUUAAUCUGUAUUUUUUGUCUAAGUUUCAAUUGUAUGUAGUAGAUAAAUGUUAGUUGUAUCGGUUUAUGGGUUUUUAAUAACGAAAUUGUCCAGAUAACAUCCCGAUUGGUGUGACUGACUGGGUGGGUGAAAUGGGGGGCAAUAGAGCUGACCGCUUCGUCACUCCGACGUGACAAUGAAACUCCCUUCCAUAAAUGCUGAUUAUUUUCAACGAUUGCUUAAUAUCGGUGAGUACGAAGUGAUCAGCUGUUAAACUAUUUGUGAUGUGCACAUAAUUAUAUUAAAAUAAAUGUUUUUUAUUGCCAAA